CAGAUGAAAAGAGUAACACAACGCGUUAUAAGAAAAAAAUGACCACUUUAGAAAUUUACUUAUCAUGGUUGAAAACAGCUUUCUAGACCUACACACGGAAAACGGUGACGAAAUAAUGCGAUAUAUUCAUCAGGUCUGUCAAGGGUUUGUGUACUAAAGAUGCUGUCAGAGUUUGGGAUGCAAAUGUUAUCAGGGCUCAGAGAAAAUCACAUGGUUUCUUUUGCCCCGCGUUACUUUUUGAUUGAUUGAUUACAUCUCAUUUUGCUUUACUGUUUGGUUUUACAGUGUAGUUGUGAUUGAUUGGGUGUCUGUUGUAUUAAUAAACCCAAUGUAUAUGCAAGCAUUAGCUGUGAGGUUAAAAGACAUGUAGUCUGUCAAUCACAAAAGUGGGCAGUCACACUGAAGUCUUAAAAAAGAAACACACUUUUGAAGAGCUCUUAACUAUUUCUGUACAUUGGCCACAUGAAUUUGGACUUCGUGCAAUAAACGCAUAUCAGUUUCAUUUCCUUGUGUCAUUAUAGGAUGCUGUAACUUAAAACAGAACAAACUCACCAGCCAUCUUACAAGGAACUACAAAAGAAGAACAUUAAACAGGAACACAUCAGUGUUUGACUGAUAAAGGCCUUUCAUAGAGAAUGCAGCACUGAAGAUCUAAUGAUGAUCUGUUGUUUCAACAUUUGCUGUUUUACUGUGCUGUGAAUCAUUUAUCAGUGUGGUCUGAAUGUCACCUUUUUUCCUAGCUGCUUUUUAUUCAUUUUCAUGGGAAAUUUUGCUUUAGUGUUUUUCAACGUGCAUCUAGUUGUCCACUGUGCUUCAGUUACUGUACAAACAAUGGCUGCAUGAGACUGUUUCUGCUUACUGGCCAGUUGAAAACAGGAGAACCAUUAAAGAAACCGUUAUUUUUACAACUGAAUGUGAUGUUGAAGAUACACAGCAACAGUUUAACACAUCAAAACUAUUUUUGUUCAUACUAGUCACAUGAGUUUAAUUUUUACACUCUGAUCUCAGUUCUGCUUUAUUCGUUUAAGUCUCACUAGCGUUAAAACAGAAAAGCAGAUCAGGACAGAGCAGAACAGAACAGAACAGCAAGAUACAAGGAGCUACAGCAACAUUCAUCAAAGAAUAAUUUGACAGUGUUUUAAUAUAAAAGACCUAAAAUGUCUAAAAAUACUUAUGAAAAUGUGCACAAGAGUGAGAUUCAGACCAUGGACAAAGAAAGAGAGGAGAUGAUCUAUGAGAAUGAUGGUUAUGUCAGGACACAGACGGACUACAAUACAAACAGACAACAACCACUUCAGUGUUCAGGAAGUUUCAGAUCAGUUACAGUGUGUUUGGUGCUGCUGUGUGUUCUUCUACUGACUGCAGUCAUAGUGCUGUGUGUCCUCAUCAAUACAAACAAUCAACAGUUUAACAUCAAGACCAAAAACAUCACAGAAGAGAGAGACCAGCUUCUAACCAAAUAUACCAACAUCACAGAAGAGAGAGACUUGCUACUAACCAAAUAUACCAACAUCACAGAAGAGAGAAACCAGCUACAAACCAAAAAUACCAACAUCACAGAAGAGAGAGACCAACUACUGUUUAAAUACAUAACCACGACAAAAGAAAAGGAUGCAUUAUUAAUUAACAAUAACAAACAAACAGAGAAGAUAAAUGAACUGUGGAGGACUCUAAAUGCAGCAGAUGGAUGGAUUUACUAUAAAUCCAGUUUGUACUUCAUUUCUUCUGGGAAGAAGACCUGGAGUGGGAGCAGAAGUUACUGUAGAGAGAGAGGAGCAGAUCUGAUCAUCAUUAACAACAAAGAGGAACAAGAUUUUAUUAUGAACAAUUAUGGUACGGACAAUCUCUGGAUUGGUUUGUCUGACAGUGACGUAGAGGGCAGAUGGAAAUGGGUUGAUGGAAGCCCAUUGACCUCUAGCUUCUGGGCAUCUGUAGAACCCAACAGUAAUGGAGGUGAUGAAGACUGUGCUCUGUUUGAGUCAACAGGUUGGGCUGAUUACCCAUGUACUCAUUCUUUUAAAUGGAUUUGUGAGAGAAAGAUAUUAAAAUGAGUUUUUAAAUGACAUAUAUGUUCAUUUAGUAAACUUUGAAUCAUUUUAGACUUUCCAAGUAGUCUUAAAAUCAAAUGUAUACUGUAUAAGUUCCAGUUCCUACCACAUUCCAAAAUACAUGCAAAUUAGGUUAAUUGGAGAUGUCAAAUUGGCCUUCCCUGACGUGUGCAUAAAAUGGUGCUAAAUAGUACUAAAAUCUCAAAUCAUGUGGGAACCAUUUUAGUGCUACAGAGCACCCAUAUAGCACCUCUGUAGAACCAUAAGUGGCGCUAAAGCAUGACUAUACUGUAGCACCACUUAUGGUUCAACAAAGAACAAUAUAAUGCUACACAGGUUCUACAUAGGUGAUGUUUAGCACUAAAAAUGGUUCCCCUAUGAUUAUGAGCCAGUGAACCACUUUUAGUACUGUUUACUGUAGAUGUGUGGAUUAACUUGUAUCUGUGUAGAUAAACUUGUGUGGAUUAAU